AAUCUUCGUUUUGUUUUCAUUCAUAUACCGACAAAAUGAAAACAAAACCAAUGUGAAAAGUUUUGAAUGCAUCGUACCUCGGAAAUAAAUUUUUAGAAAAUGAGAAGACGAAUUCCAAUAUCCAUCUUUCAUUGUUGUGUUUGUGGUGUAUUGUUCAUAAUUGGAUACUUCAUUGGUGCAUUUCAGAAUUCAGAUUCAUGCAAUCAAAAUUCACUCCUUGCUAAGCAAAAUUUACUCAAUGAUGAUUCUCAGUCAGUUAUUGAAAAACAUGCUGCUUUCCUCGUUGUAGUGAUAUUUAGUGCUCCUACAAACUUUGAGAGACGACAAAUAAUUAGAAAAACUUGGCUUACAAGCAAAGGAAGUUUAAGUAUCAAACAUUUUUUUGCUGUUGGCUCAGCAUCUUUGGAUUCACAUCAAAAAAAUAUUUUACAGAAAGAACAUACUGAAUAUGAAGAUUUAUUGAUUCUAGACAUUGUCAGUGAUUCAUUCUCAAAAUUAUCUGGAAAACUCCGUGAAAUUCUACGGUGGUUAGACAAAUAUGUUGACUUCACUUUUCUUUUGAAAGUGGAUGAUGACAGUUUCGUUCGUUUGGAUAUUUUAUAUUCAGAAUUAACUAAACAGCCCCAUGAAAAGUUGUAUAUGGGAUUCUUUGAUGGCCAAGCUAGAGUUAAAAUGAAAGGAAAAUGGAAAGAACACACUUGGUUUCUUUGUGAUCGCUAUUUACCAUAUGCAAAAGGAGGUGGUUAUAUAAUUACUGCUGACUUGGUACAAAAUCUAGUAUUGAACUUAAAUUAUUUAACAUUGUAUCAGAAUGAAGAUGUAGCUCUGGGUACAUGGCUGGCACCUUUUGAUAUUAAGCGUCUGCAUGAUCCUCGGUUUGAUACGGAAUAUAUGUCAAGAGGUUGUUUUAAUACAUAUUUAGUUACUCAUAAACAAUCUACAUCAAUGAUGAUAACAAAAUAUGAAAACAUCAAACGAACAGGAAACCUAUGCUCUUCUGAAUACAGAGACAGAAAUUCGUAUCAAUAUAAUUGGAAUGUUCCUCCAUCGCUGUGCUGUAUCAGGAAUAAUAGCCAUAUACCAUGAGUUCUUCUUAAACUGUUAGUAAUUGUGAUAAAUAUACAAGGUGCUUCAAAAAGUUUCUUACAAAAUUCUGGUCAUAUCAAAGCAAGUUGGUUUUACAUAGAUGGAAAUACCAUGUAUGUACUAAUGAUGUAAAGAAAAUGAAAAUAAAAAUUGAUGAUUGUAAAUGUGAUUUGACAUAAAUAAUGUUUAAGUAAUAUAAUUGUAAACACAAAGCAUUUAUGUUAGUAUACGAUUAAAUAUUGUACAUAUAAUAUAGAAGAAGUCAAUUAAACUACAGAAAUGCUAUCUGUGGAGGUUGUGGAACAAACUACGAUGUGAAUAAUUCAUUGUUGACUUGUAUCUGUUAAAAAAGUAUGCCUUAUCUGACUGUCCCUUUUAAGCACCUAACUCACCACAAAAUCUUUGUAUCAUCUCACUAUUGCUGUAUAAUCUCAUACUAUAUUUACUAUGUUUGUUUGGAAUAAUGGUGACUUCUAUUGCCAAUUUCAUUUUAUGCCAGACAAUGUCUUCUAACAUAUAUUCCUAUGUCUGAUCUGUCCUUAAAAUCUGUCAUAUUCCUUCCAAAUCUCCAUUUUUAAAAUUUGUUUUAACAUAAAGUGAAAUUAUUUAGUACUUUUCCUGUUGAAGGGCAACAGUUAUUGGCAUGUGUAUAAUCUAAAAGGGGAUAUGAUGAAAAAAUGAUAUAUUAUAAAAGAAAUUUCUUGUUAGUUUAAUAAGGUUUCGUCUGUCUUGCAUAUGGAAAAAUAUCUUCCCUAUUUAUCAAUGAAAAAAAAAAAUGUUACUUAUCAUGAUUGAGAAAAGUAGUAACAGUAUCCGCAAGUCAUGUGCAUAGAGCGCAUUCUUUAUUUAUUUGCUAUUAUCUUUGUAAAAUAGCCUUUUUAUUUAUAACUGUAAAUAUGUUAUUUAUUGCCAUUAUGAAAAAUAAUAGUAUGCCUAUAAAUCACAGACUUAUAUAUAUAUAUAUAUAGUACUAUCUUUUUUUUAUUUUCUAAUUUUAUUAUUUAUCAAUUAGUAUUGUAACUACUUAAAAGGUAUGAGUUAUGAUUGGUAGUUUGGUUAUAAAAUUAUAGUAGAAUUUUAAAUUUUCCAUUGAACAUUUGUCAUAAAGCAUAUAAUUUCUCAUUUAAUACAAGAAUUUUUACUUUCUGAAUUGAUUUGUUUAAAGAAAAUAAAUUGGGUAAAUUAAUUUUUAUUUAUCAAAUGUAAAAGUUAUAAUCAUCCAAUUGAUGAAUUUAUUAUAGUAGUAUAAAAUUUAAGAAUUAUUAUUACUAUUUCUACUUUAAUGGGAAGUGAUAGUCUGGGACAAAUGCCUCUAUUAACCAUUAUGUUUAUAUUUGUGUUGUUGUUUCUGAUGGCACUUGUCACAGACAAGCCCGAUGAGCCAGAGAUGUUUAGCGCCGUGUAGGGCCAAGAGUACGACUUACUACUCAUAUGUCUGAACCCUUUUUACGGGGCGGACUUCAUUCAUACAUUUCAUUCAUUCAAUCACAGAUCGUAAUAUAGACCCGAAUCAGAGAAUGAUCACCUCAUAUCCAGUACCUCCAGUGGUAUUGUCACGACUUGGAGCACUUUGUGGCCAUGACAGAUUUAUAGUUGCACCAGCCACCACAUACGGGGAGUCAUCGGUCGGCGGGGGUCGAACUCACAAUUCAAGGGAUGGGAAUCCAACGCUCUACCAACCAGGAUAUCCCGGUAUCUUUAUACUUGAUUUCAUUAUCAUAAUUCUGAGUUAUUGAUAUUAAUAUAAAUAUUUCUUCCAUUAUUCCAUGGAUAUGUACUAUAGAUAGAUGUCAUUUUCAUUAGCAGUAAAUAAUUUUCAGAAAAUUGAAUUAUUUCAUUGAUUUAAUUUGCAGCUGCUGCAAUUUGUCCCUGAAAUGAAAAACAGCUGUUUGUGUCUAUAAAACUACUAGGGCAUAUUUAUCCUAUGAAAGACAAAUGGCAGUAUACAUAUAUACCUAGGUAUGGUGGUAUAUAGUAUGCCACCAUAUAUCUAUUUGGUGUAUACCUAGUUCUGUUUAUAUAAACAGAAUAAAGCAGUUUCAAUGGGCCGAAUAAAAAUAUUCAAUGUUAAUAAAUUUUUAAUUAAGCAACUUGCUGAUUCAUUUUCCCCAUAUACUGCAGUUACUUCCUGAAAAAUUAUCAAAAAAAUACUGAUGCUGAUGAUUAUCAAACUAUGCUGAUGUUUGUGACUUUAAUUUUUAGCAGCAAAACAUUGCAGUACCAGAUUUCCUGAGAUCUGUAAUAAAAAUGCAAGACAUUUUAGUUGAUUGGCAGUUUCUGAAUCAAGUUUAAAGUAGACUCAAAAUAUAAGCCUUGUACUCAUGAAAUUUUUUUGAAGUAUUAUUCAAUAUAUUUUUUAUACAUUAAAUGUAGAAUGCCAAUAUUUUAGGUUUUGAAAUU